AUGAAGAUUAUUGCAUUUUACGCUUUAGUAAUCAGCUCAGCAUUUUCAAACGUCUUUGGAAGUUAUUUUGACUUCCCGACACCAAUCAAUCCCAGCGUUUUAAAAGAUGCAAAACCUGAUGAAAAAAUAAUUCCUAUUUCUGAUGUUACAGAAUUGAGCAAAUUUAAACGGGAGACUAACAAACCUUUUUAUCCCACAAUACCACCCGAGCAGGCGCAUCAUAAAGCAAAACGUGAAGAUAUUUACAGAAACGUUGUCCAACACAAACGAGAUAUACCAGUGCCUUUAGUGGCGAAACACAAACAUCCCGAAAUAUCUACUACUGGCAGUGACGAGAAACUCCCAAAUGAGGAAAGUGAAAUUGUUAAAUUACAAAGUGGCAACAACAACCACGAACACGACCCAAAUAAAUUAGAAACAACACACACAGAAUUACACACAGGACAUACAAGGGAAACUACGACAACUCAUCCGGUAAUUCUCCCGUUGGUUGUAACGGAAUUCACAGCCCAAGACUGUCGAGAACUAGGUUUUAUAAAGGGUCAGCUUAUGUGUUCAAGUUGUGAUAAAUUGGAUGAUUUUGCUUUAGAGGCUCUCAAACCCCAUUGUAAGGAGUGUUGUACCUUAGAUCAAUUGCCAGCAGCAGAUCGCCGAUACCCAAAGGCUAUUUUGGAAGUUUGUACGUGCAAGUUCCGGGCUUACCCACAAAUUCAGGCUUUUAUUAAAAGUGGUCGUCCGGCAAAGUUUCCAAAUUUGACAAUAAAAUAUGUUCGAGGUUUAGACCCCAUUGUAAAGUUAUUGGAUCACAGUGGCACGGUCCAGGAGACUCUUUCGAUUACAAAAUGGAAUACUGACACCGUUGAAGAGUUUUUUGAAACCCAUUUAGAGAAUGUGAAUGUGCCUGGAGGAAAGUCUUCGUUUGGUGUAAUCGAGGAGAAACACGAUGACGAUUAUUUAAAAACGAACAGAGUGUGA